AUUUCUCUCCACCUUCCCCAAAUCCUGCCCUGUCACUGGGCUCUCGCUGCGCUGUGGCCCACAGGCCAGCAGAAUCCUCCCUGAUGCCUCGAGUUGACUAUUCCUGCCUCACUGCAAUCCCCAGGGUUAUGGGGUGAAGGGGCUCCCCAUUAAUCCAGUGUGAGUGCAGGUUCAUUGCUAUCUUAGACUACGGCUCCCUCCUCUUUUGCUCGUGCUUGUGGUUCCUAACCAGUUCAGUGUCAUGACUCUCUGCUUCAGCAGGAAAAAACAAUCAGGACCCCCCCCUCCCCCGCCUCCAUGUAACCAAGGUGCUCUUCUUUGGAUUUGGGUGGCUGUUUUUCAUGCGCAAGCUAUUCAAGGAUUAUGAGGUGCGACAGUAUGUGGUGCAGGUCGUCUUCUCUGUGACCUUUGCCUUCUCCUGCACCAUGUUUGAACUCAUCAUCUUUGAGAUCCUGGGGGUGCUAAAUAGCAGCUCCCGGUAUUUUCACUGGAAACUGAAUCUAUGUGUGAUUUUGCUUGUCCUAGUCUUCAUGGUGCCUUUUUACAUUGGCUACUUCAUUGUGAGCAAUAUUCGACUAUUGCAUAGACAAAGGCUGCUCUUUGCCUGUGUUGUUUGGUUGACGUUCAUGUAUUUCUUCUGGAAACUGGGAGAUCCAUUUCCUAUCCUCAGCCCAAAACAUGGAAUCCUGUCCAUAGAGCAGCUCAUCAGCCGAGUGGGUGUGAUUGGGGUGACACUCAUGGCUCUGCUUUCUGGAUUUGGUGCUGUCAACUGUCCGUACACAUACAUGUCCUACUUUCUCAGGAAUGUGACAGAUGCAGAUAUUCUAGCCCUGGAGCGACGUCUCCUCCAAACCAUAGACAUGAUUAUCAGCAAGAAGAAAAGAAUGGCAAUGGCCCAUAGGACCAUGUUCCAAAGAGGGGAAGUGCACAACAAACCUACUGGCUUCUGGGGAAUGAUAAAAAGUGUUACCACAUCGGCCCCUGGCAGUGAAAAUCUGUCCCUUAUCCAGCAGGAAGUGGAUGCAUUGGAAGAGCUGAGUCGGCAGCUUUUCCUAGAAACUGCUGAUCUGCAUGCAACCAAGGAGAGAAUAGAAUACUCCAAAACUUUCCAGGGGAAAUACUUUAAUUUCCUGGGUUACUUUUUCUCCAUCUAUUGUGUCUGGAAAAUCUUCAUGGCAACCAUCAAUAUUGUAUUUGAUCGAGUUGGGAAGACUGAUCCAGUCACAAGAGGAAUUGAGAUCACUGUAAAUUAUCUGGGAAUCCAGUUUGAUGUAAAAUUCUGGUCUCAGCACAUUUCCUUUAUCCUUGUUGGAAUAAUCAUCGUUACUUCCAUCAGAGGCUUAUUGAUCACACUCACAAAGUUCUUCUAUGCCAUCUCCAGCAGCAAGUCCUCCAAUGUUAUUGUUCUGCUGUUGGCACAGAUUAUGGGGAUGUACUUCGUCUCUUCCGUGCUCCUAAUCCGGAUGAGUAUGCCCCCAGAGUAUCGCACUAUCAUUACAGAAGUCUUGGGGGAGCUGCAGUUCAAUUUCUAUCACCGUUGGUUCGAUGUGAUAUUCCUGGUUAGCGCUCUCUCCAGCAUCCUUUUCCUCUACUUGGCACAUAAACAGGCACCAGAGAAGCACAUGGCGCUCUGAAUCCAUUCCAGUUCUGUUCACUGUUCUGUAAUCCCUCCAGGUGGACUACUGCAACUCAUUAGGGGUGACAGGAUUUGGAGAGAGGGAGGGCAGCUCUUUCUGUGCUUUGAUGAUGUAACUGGCCCUUCUGACUUCCAUACUUGCAUUUAGAAGCUACAUGGUUCAUACUGUGAAGAGGGUACCAUGAGCUGAACAAACAGCAGAGGCAGGAUAAAAGUGGAGGACAGCUGAGAGCCAUGGAAUAGGAAACUCCAUGGGACAGAGGUGUCUUACGGUUUUGAAAAAUCUGCCAGGGAUGGUCUGAGGAGAGAUCUCUUAAAAUCGCUGGUAGAAGAAUUCUGCAUAGAGGGCACCGAGGAAACGUGAUUUCAGUUUAAAAACAUAUCAGUCUUAGUCCAGAGUUGGAGGGUGUUGAUUCUGGAUCUGAAUGUCUGAGUCUGUGAAAUUAAAUCAGCUUUCAUAAUACCUCA